AAACUGGGAAUCGGUGGUUCAUUCAGUGGGGAAACAUGGCUGACACCAGAGAGAAGGGACUGCAAGACUACAGAAAGAAAUUGUUGGAACAUAAGGAAAUUGACGGGCGUUUAAAAGAGUUGAGGGAACAGCUGAAGGAACUGACCAAACAGUAUGAAAAGUCCGAGAAUGACCUGAAAGCCCUGCAGAGUGUUGGGCAGAUUGUUGGUGAGGUUUUGAAGCAACUGACUGAAGAGAAAUUCAUUGUCAAGGCAACCAAUGGGCCUCGUUAUGUGGUGGGAUGCCGCAGACAGCUGGAUAAAUCUAAGCUGAAGCCUGGCACAAGAGUGGCCCUGGAUAUGACCACUCUGACCAUCAUGAGGUACCUUCCCCGAGAGGUGGACCCUCUGGUCUACAACAUGUCUCAUGAGGACCCAGGCAGCGUGUCCUACUCGGAGAUCGGUGGACUCUCUGAGCAGAUCAGGGAACUUCGAGAGGUGAUUGAGUUGCCGCUGACCAAUCCUGAGCUGUUCCAGAGGGUGGGCAUAAUCCCUCCCAAGGGCUGCCUGCUCUAUGGCCCCCCAGGGACUGGCAAGACCCUAUUGGCCCGAGCUGUGGCAAGCCAGCUCGACUGCAACUUCCUCAAGGUGGUGUCCAGCUCCAUCGUGGAUAAGUACAUUGGCGAGAGUGCUCGUCUCAUUAGAGAGAUGUUCAACUAUGCCAGGGACCACCAGCCCUGCAUCAUCUUCAUGGAUGAGAUUGACGCCAUUGGUGGCCGUCGUUUCUCUGAGGGAACCUCUGCUGACCGAGAGAUUCAGAGGACACUGAUGGAGCUGUUGAAUCAGAUGGAUGGCUUUGACACCCUGCACAGAGUCAAGAUGAUCAUGGCCACCAACCGGCCAGAUACCCUGGACCCAGCCCUGCUGCGCCCUGGCAGACUGGACAGAAAGAUCCACAUAGAGCUGCCAAAUGAACAGGCCCGCUUGGACAUCCUGAAGAUUCACUCUGGCCCCAUCACCAAGCAUGGAGAAAUUGAUUAUGAAGCCAUUGUGAAGCUGUCAGAUGGAUUUAACGGAGCUGACUUGAGGAAUGUGUGCACUGAAGCGGGUAUGUUUGCUAUCCGUGCGGACCACGAGUAUGUGACUCAGGAGGACUUCAUGAAGGCAGUGCGCAAGGUGGCCGACUCCAAGAAACUGGAGUCCAAGCUGGACUACAAGCCUGUAUAGAGUAUAGACAAUCCUCAAAUCCUGUAUCUCUCAAAACACACACACACGCAUAUACACAGAGGAAACCUUGAUGGGUUGCUGAAGUUGUUCUAAAUCAACUACGUUCUGUCCAUCAGAGAUGUACUGAUACAUGUUUUUUUGUUUUGGUUCUUUUCUUUUUACUUAUUUUUUUUCUUUUUAUUACUUUGAAUUUCUUGGCAUGUGUCUUUGCUUCUUUCAGGUUGCUAAAACCAUAGUCCCAUAGUCCUCUUUCCCUCCUCCCCCUGUUUAGCAAGCUGUAGAAAUGCUCUUUCUUGCAAGUCAUCAUCAGGCGACUUCCCACACAGUAGCAGAUACAUGCCAAAUGGUAUUGAUAUUCACAUUUAUUAUUGUUGUUUUGCCCUCGGGACAAGUAUAUACAGUUUUUUUAUUAUUAUAUUAUCAUAAAAAAUAGUAAUAUCUUUGCCCCUUCUUUCCCCAAACUGCCCUCAAAGGAAAGCUGUGUGCCUGGCUACCGUCUUACCAUGUCAUUAUUAAAAGAUUUGUGAUACAAGA